AGUACUACCAGUGUAAUUUGCAGCAGCAGUUCGGCAGCCGCGGUUUCUCGUGUGUCUCCUCCACACACACACGACCUCUUUAGCGGCUACUUUUAAACCUGACCAACACUUCAACCCAUCCCACGGGUCACCAUGUCUGUCUUGUGUUAUAACAAGGGAUGCGGACAGCGAUUUGACCCAGAAAACAACCCAGACGACGGCUGCACCUAUCACCCAGGUGUCCCUGUGUUCCACGAUGCUUUGAAGGGAUGGUCCUGCUGCAAGAGGAGAACAACAGACUUCUCCGACUUCCUCAGCAUCGCUGGCUGCACCAAAGGCCCCCAUAACAAAGAGAAGCCUCCCGAGCCGGUGAAACCAGAUGUGAAAGAGUCAGGCGACCAAAAACCAAAGUUUAAUGAGUACAUCAUCUCUGCACCGAAGCCUCAGGAAGCGAUACAUAGACCAAGUGCCGAUGAACCGAUGGUGAGAUUGCAGCAUAAAAUUUCCCCGUCCCUGAAGCAGGCUCUGGAGAAGCUGAAGCUGACUGAAAAUGCAGCCGAGAAUAAAGAGGAGGACGGGGACGAGAUCAAGAUUGGAACAUCGUGUAAAAACGGAGGGUGCACCAAAAGUUUUGAAGGACCUGCAAGUGACUCUGAAGUGUGUAUGUACCACGCUGGGUGUCCCAUCUUCCAUGAAGGGAUGAAAUACUGGAGCUGCUGCAAGAGGAAAACCUCCGACUUUAACACCUUCCUCUCUCAAGAAGGCUGCACCAAGGGAACACAUUUAUGGAAGAAAAAGGAUACGGGAAAGAAAGUGGUUCCAUGUCGGUUCGACUGGCACCAGACCGGGUCGCAGGUCAUCAUCUCCAUCUACGCCAAGAAUGCCAUCCCGGAGCUAAGCUACGUGGACGCUAACAGCACUACGCUCAACAUACACGUUUUAUUUGAGGGAGACAAGGAAUUUGAGCAGAAAAUCAGCUUGUGGGGAGUUAUAGAUGUGAGUCAAAGUAAAGUGAACAUGAUGGCAGCCAAGAUCGAGGUCGCCAUGAGGAAAUCCGAGGCCAUGUUUUGGGCCCGCCUGGACCUUCCUCCGCCGGUCCCCCCGCCUAAGGAGAACAAGGAGGAGAGUGAAGAGUCCGAUAGUGAAGAUGAAGAGGAUUCAUAAGGAUUUACAGUAGAAAAACUUAACAUUCUCCACCUUUCGUUCAAUCCAAGGCCGCAUAGUCCAAUACUUGGAACUUUGGCCUCUUCUCCUCUCUAGAUUUUUGCCAGUUUUUCUCUAUCACUUCAAUAUCUUGUACCUCAUUCAUUGUUGUUUGUUUGAUAAUCAAAGGAAACAAAUAUUUUUACAACAGAUUUUCAUGUAAUGAGUUCAUAAGAGGACCCUUGACCUUCGUGAACAGCACCCAGUCGAGUGUGACCAUGUUAAAUUUUACACCCAUAAAGCCUCUCAUGUCAGCUGCUCACCCCGAAGGACCACAGUUGUGACCGUUCUUCUGUUUGAUUCCAUUUCUUUUCAUUUAGUUUCUUUUCUUCGUCCUUGCCUUGAUUUUCACACACGUUUUCAUUCCAUCCUUUGUCUCCAUUCGUUGUGUAAAUGAUCGUAUAAUUUUGUCCACUCGUGUCACAUCAUGAUAUCUGCCUGUGUCUGUGCAACGACGAAGCUGCACCGUGUCUGUGCAAUGACGAAGCUGCACCGUGUCGUCAGAGUAGCACAUUUAAAUUUCUAAAAUGGCCACGCUUAGAAUAAUAAAAUUCGAUUUAUUCUGAAUAAAAAGUGUUAUAAUAAUUACACUGGACUAUCAAACCUAGAAAUUAGAUAUUUGUCACACCUGCACUGACUGUACUACCUUUUUUUUUUUGUCCACAGUCAAAUUGUACAUUUUUCUCCAGAUUUUUAAGAGUUAUAGAUACUGUAUGUUUUAAGGUUUUGUCUCAAAUGAUCAAUGCAAUAUUUGUCCCCAAUUCUUUUGUCAACGCAUAACAGCAGCAUUUUUAUAAUGAGAAUGUUUACUGUAAUGUUGCAGAAAGGCAUCUGAAUACAAAGUAUUCUGAGCAAAGUACUGUGUUGUGAAAUGAAACGAUGCUAUUCGCGACAGCAUGUGUCGAGGCUUGGAAUGCAUGAAAUAAAUUUGGCUGAAUGAGA